GAAGAAGUACCAACAAGCACUUUGCCAGUAACGCAAAUGCGUUUUUGUUGCAGAGUGAGAUAAAUCUCUAGUCAUCAGCUUGUUGUAGGUGGUUCAAUUCUAAUAUGAUUUUUUUGGUGAUGGUUUUUGGUGCUGCACUGGUCAAUGGAAAUGAGAUUAUUAGUGCUGAAAAUCCUCCACCAUACGUCAAACAAUGCUACGAAGGCGAUCCGAAAGUCAUCGACUGUUUCAUCAGUGCCCUACAUCAUUUGAAGCCUUAUUUAGCUAAUGGCAUCAAAGAAAUCGAACUACCUUCAGUGGAACCUUUUUUAAUGGAUGAACUCUCAUUAUCCCUAACAGGAGGUCCUAAUGGCUAUAAAAUUUCAUUGAAGGAAAUGAAUAUUUAUGGCGCUAGUAAUUUUUCCAUGUCAAGGCUCAAAUUAUCUGAAAAUGGAAAACCGUUUGAAGCCAAAAUCAACAUACCAUCCUUGAAAAUUAAUGCAAGAUACCAAAGUAGUGGUGUACUUAUUAUUCUACCUGCCAGCGGCAAUGGAACUUUUUUAGGACAAUUUGAUGAUCUUGAUUGUAUGCUGAAAGGUAAAGCUAGUGUAAACGAAAUCAACGGUCAAAAAUACUUAAACGUUGAUGCGCUUCAUGUGGAUUUGACUGUGAAAAAAAUGAGAAUGAUGGUUAAGAAUAUUUUCAAAAAUAAUAGAAUUUUAACUGAAGCCAUUAACUUGUUCCUUAGGGAAAACGGACACGAAGUCUUCAAAGUGAUGCUACCCCAGUUAAGAAAAAAGUUAGCAGCCCUAUUCAUGAGCAUUUCCAAUAAACUUUUGAUGCACGUUCCCUUGGACGCGUUUUAUAUUCCUGCAUCCAAACAACAUGCGUAGAUUCUAAGAAUAUUUAUUGUACAUAUAGAACUAAUCAGUAUUUUUAAUUUUUAAUUAUUAGAUUUUAGUGUGUUAUUUGGUCACUUAUCAAUUUGUUCUUGAGUGAUAUUAUUUGUUAGUAAAGCGACUUUUCCAUUA